AAAGGAGGAGGAGGAGGAGCUGCGAUUGCAGCUGCAGCUGGAGCGGCGCCUGCCUUGCCUUCGCUGCUCCUGCUCCUCCUCCUUCCGAGGAUGCUGGGCCGGUGGGCGCGAGCGGAGGCUGCUGCUGCUGCUGCUGCUGCGGGGGAAGGGGAUCCGUUGGGCGGAUGCUGAGCGCUGCCUGCUGCCGCUGCCGGGCUCCAGGAGGGCCAUGAGGCUCCGCAUCUACAAGCGCAAGGUGCUGGCGCUGGUGCUGGCCCUGCUGGCCGCCGCCGCCUGCGCCUCGCUGGCCCUUUGGGGGAGCCCCGAGAGGAUGAUGGCGGCGGCGGAGCAGCAGCGGCAGGCAGGCCAGGAGGAGCAGGAGCAGGGCACCGCCAAGGCCCCGGCCCCCACCGAGCCCUGGCCCAGGGGCCCCCCGAGGGCCAACGCCUCUUCCUCCUCCUCCUCUGGACCAGGCCUCCUGGGGAUGAUGGGGAGGAGGGAGGAGGAGGAGGAGGAGGAAGGCCUGUCGGGGCCCAACCGGACCCUGCUCCUCCGCUCCAGGGUCUACCGGCUCAACUUCGACCAGCCGGUGCGCCACCUGGAGCGAUGGAGGCAGGCAGGGGCUGCCGGGGGCGAGGGGGCCCUUCGGGUGGCGCUGGUGGUCCAGGUGCACCAGCGGACGGAGCACCUGCGCCUGCUGCUGGCCUCCCUGCGGCGGGCGGCUGGCGUGGAGCGGGUGCUGCUGGUCCUCAGCCACGACGUCUGGUCCCCGGAGCUCAACGCCUUGGCCGCCGGGGUGGACUUCUGCGCCGUCCUCCAGGUCUUCUUCCCCUUCAGCCUCCAGCUCUACCCAGGAGAGUUCCCGGGCACCGACCCCCGGGACUGCCCCCGGGACCUGGGCCAGGCAGCCGCCCUCCGCUCGGGGUGCCUCAACGCCCGCUACCCGGACUCCUUCGGACACUACCGGGAGGCCGCCUUCGCCCAGACCAAGCACCACUGGUGGUGGAAGCUCCACUUUGUCUGGGAGAGGGUCCGGGCCCUGGAGGAACACCCGCCGGGCUUGGUCCUCUUCUUGGAGGAAGACCACUACCUGGCCCCGGACUUCCUCCACGUCUUGGCUAAACUGUGGGCCCUGCACCAGCGGGAGUGCCCCGAGUGCCAGGUCCUCUCCUUGGGCACCUAUGCUCCCGUGCGCGGGGGUGCCUUCGCCGGCCGGGCCGACAAGGUAGAGCUGAAGACGUGGAAGUCCACCGAGCACAACAUGGGCAUGGCCUUCGCCCGGGAGACCUACCAGCAGCUGAUGGCCUGCUCCGAGGCCUUCUGUUCCUACGACGACUACAACUGGGACUGGACCCUCCAGCACUUGACCGUCAGCUGCCUGCCUCGCUUCUGGAAGGUCCUGGUGCCCGAGAUCCCGCGGGUCUUCCACACCGGCGACUGUGGCAUGCACCACAAGAAGUCGUGCCAGCCUUCUGCCCAGAGUGCCAAAAUCGACUCGCUCUUGAGCGCCAACCAGCAGCACCUCUUCCCUGAGGCCAUGGCCAUCAGCAAGAGGUACUCGGUGGCCCCUCUCAGCCCCCAUGUGAAGAACGGCGGAUGGGGCGACAUUCGGGACCACGAACUCUGCAAAAGUUACCGGCGGUUGCAAUGAGAGGGAGGAAGAGGAGGAGGAGGAACGGUUGCCACUCUCUGCGGGAGACUUUUUAGCCCCCUUUUCCCAACUGGGCCUUGUCUAGCCUUAUUACAGACGCAACCAUUAAACAAAGGAAAAACAAAA